AUGUCAAGUCGAAUUAAAUUACCAUUUAAAUUAGGUGAUUCUUCGAAGAAAAUGAACGAAAUAGAAAUAACAGAAACAUUGAAAAAAGAUGAUUUUUCAUUCAGUGAAAUGGUUCAAUAUGGUUUUCCGUAUCGUCCAACAACAGUUACCUAUGAUUCUGUCCAAAAAAUUCUUGCUAUUGGAACAAAACAUGGCAUUAUCAAAAUUUAUGGUGGUGCGUUUGUGGAAUGUAGUUUGCAACAUCCAAGUGAAGUUGAAAUUGUUCAAUUAGUUUUUCGUGUAAACGAAGGUGCAUUAAUAAGUGCUUGUCGAGAUAAUUAUAUACAUUUAUGGAAUCUACGUCAAAAGAAGCCUGUUAUUGCUAAUUCACUUCGAUUUGUUAAAGAAAAAAUAAGUCGUUGUUUAUUACCUAUUGCUUUUAAUUCAAAAUGGCUUUUUAUUGGAACGUACUGUGGAAAUGUUUAUGUUGUUAAUCUCGAUACAUUUACACUGUCAUCGUAUAAAAUUAUGUGGAAUAAUGCGAUUGGAAUGGGUAAAAGUUCACAUCCAGGAGUUGUAGUUGAUUUAUCUCAAAAUCCUGAUGAUCCAACUCGAUUGUACAUCGGAUUCAGUACACAUUUAUCUACACCAAAUAGUGUUCCAAUUGGACAUGUUGUGUGUUGGAAUUUACAACAGAAAGCAUCUGAAACUGUUUAUACAUUACCACAAGGUUUAACAUCUGUAUCAUGGCAUUAUGAGGGUCGACAAUUUAUGUGUUCACAUUGCGAUGGUUCAUUAUCAGUAUGGAAUCUACGAUCUGCCGAUAAACCUGUUAGCAUUAAUUAUCCGCAUACUCGUAUUUGUAAAGAUGAGACAACAUCGAAAUUCGGAGCCAUAACAAAAGUUGUUUGGAGUGUUGUUAAAAGCUCUGGAGAUUCAUUUAUAAUAUUUUCUGGUGGAAUGCCAUCACAAACUGAUCAACAACAAAUAACUGGUAAUGCUCAAACCUCAAAACCUUCAUCUUAUUUUUUAACAAUACUACGUGGCCAAACAACAAAUGUUCUUCAUAUGGAUAAUCCCAUUGUCGACUUUCAUGUUAUAUCACCAUCUCCACACAUAGCUGAUGUACCUGAUCCAUCAGCUGUUGUCAUUUUACUUGAAAAUGAUCUUGUCAUGAUUGACUUAAAAAGUGAAAAUUAUCCUUUAUUUGAAAGCCUUCAUACAUUAGAUCUACAUGAGUCGGCAAUAACUUAUUGUGAUUAUAUAACAGAACCAAAUCCAAUUUUUUAUCAAAAUCUUCUCCGUUUACAAUCAAAACAAACACUUAAACGCACAUUUAGUCAACAGGAAAAUCCAAUAUCAGGUGGCCGAUCUGGCUCAACUAUAUUUGGUUAUAAUGAAUUGAUUAUUACUGGUCAUGCUGAUGGUUCAAUUAAAUUUUGGGAUGCAUCAGGUUGUAAUCUUGUGUUUUUAUAUAAAUUACGUACAAAUCGUUUAUUUGAUCGAAUACAAUCAACAAAUGCAAUACCGAUAGUAGCAACGAAUUUAAAUAAAGAAAUGAAUUCUAAUAUAAAAUUCGAUACAAAAUCCACACGUGCAAAUAGUGGUACCAAUGAUGAACAACAAAUGUUAUUAAAUGAUGACAAUCCAUUUAGUAUUUAUUCAAUAAAAAUGUGUUGUGAUGGAAAAUAUUUAAUUGUUGCUGCACGUGGUGGUCAUGUGACUUUAUUUAAAUUUAUGGGAUCAGAAUUAGAUAAAGCUGACGAAGGUUUAGGAGAUUUAUCAUGCUUAGAAAUACCAAUAUAUCAUAGAAAUUUAACAAAUGAUCAUGACGAUUUAAAUAAAAGUGCAACUAAUUCUAUGAUAAAUGAUUUACAAUCAGUAUCGAUUAAACAAAAUAUAGAUAAAAAAGACUUUAGAAGUUUACUUCGAGCUAAAAUGGGCUAUCGUCGAAUGGCUGGUUAUCAACCUGAAGUUGUUUGUUUAUUAUCAUGGUUACCAAACGAUAAAGUACCAAUUCUCACUGAUAUUGCAAUCAAUUCAAAAUAUGGACUAUUAAUAUUCGGAUUAGAAAAUGGUCUUGUAGUUGUUGAUUAUUUAAGUAAAUUUAUUCUAAUGAAUAUGGUAACCAGUGAUUUAUAUGGUACAAUGGAUCCAUUUCAACGAGCAACAUCAUCACCGAAACGUCGUGUUGGGACUGCAAAUGAUCCAAAUAAUGAGGAUUCAAAUAUCUUUUCAUAUGACUAUCCGCAUCAAUCGUUAACACCCACUUCAAAAGCAUUCUCAAAUAUAUUUUCUUUUAAUAAUAUCGAAGAAACUUUUUCAAAAAAUCAAUUACAACCAUUUGAUCCCUAUACACAAAUGUAUCAUACACAAACAAGUGAAUCAAUGUCAACAAUAGUUCCGACAUUAUUCAGAGAUUAUAAUGAUGAGAAAAGUCCAACAUCACAUAAUCCGACAUUAGCUAAAACAUUUCGUACAAUACGUAAACAUUUAUUACGUACACCAAAUAAUAAAAAUGAUAAUCAAAUUAUGUUUGAUCAAAAUGAUAUGAGUAAUUUAGAUGAAGAAUUUAAUUCAAAUUUUUCUAAGCCAACAAUAACAACUCUAAAUAUGAGACAUGUAUUGCCACAUAAUAGUUCAAUGACAUCAUUUGAUAAUCAAUUUAAAAUGUUUUCAUCAAAUAUUCAAUCACAGGAUCCAUACGGAUUUGAAUCUACGAAAGAUAAAUCACCCAAACAAAAAUUAUAUCAAAACGAUGAUAUUUAUCAUCAAUCGAUGGCAAGUAGACAAGCCAUAUCAACAACGUAUACAACAUAUCAUACUCGUACUGUUACAGUGCACAGUAGUAACUCGGACAAACCAUUGGCUAUCGAUCUUCCACGUUCAUCAAGUACAUCUAGUUUGGAUAAUAUAGUUACAAAUGAAAGUAUAUGUACAAUACAAUUUUCUGAAUCAUUUACAUACAAGAAUGAUUUUACUAUUUCACCAAGUGUUUGGCUUGGUACAAGUGCUGGCUCGGUUAUUGUUGUUAAUUUAAAUAUUAAUUAUGAGCCAAGAAAUAUCAGUGUUGUACCCAGUGGAAGUGUAUUUCGAUUAAGUGGUCGAUUAUUACAUAUAUCUUUUCUUGAUCAGAAAGGAGCAAUUAUACAAGCACCAAGUGAAAAGUGGGAUACAAAAAAAACCAAAGGAAAUCGAUCAACAGAUGGUACACAAGAUAUGAAUACAUCAUCAGUAUUACCAAGUAGUGGCUUAUCGUCUUCCCCAGUGACUAGUACUCCAUCAAAUGGUGUACAAUUUGCGGUAUAUUGUUCAUCAAAAGAAGCUCGAGUAUUUUCAUUACCAUCUCAAAUGUCUAUAUCAAAACAAAAAAUUUUCGAUUCACUUGGUGCAUCAGCAUCAAAUAUAAUGCGUGCAUCGGUUGUUAAAAUAGCAGGUUCUGCUUGUUUAACAUGUUAUUUAGCAGCUGGCCGUAUACAUGUAUAUAGUUUACCUAGUCUACGUGAACUAUUUAAUACAAAUCUUGAUCCAGCCAUGGAUUCAUUUAGAUCAAUGAUAGGUUUAACAUUUACAUUUACAAAUCGUGGUCACGGACUUUAUAUGUGUUCACCAACAGAAAUUCAAAAAAUUACACUUUCUGCUGAUGUUAAGGAACAAAUUAAUGAAAUGCUUUGUGAAUUAUAUAGUCCAUCAAUAUCGAUGCCUGAAGCACCGAAACAAAACUUUUUUGCUAAAAUAUUUGCUUCAAAUGCAAUGGUUGAUGCAGAUCAAUUAUUUGGUGAAACGGCUGGAAAAGCUCCAGCUGGUGUAAUUAAAAGAGAAGAUGUUAAUGUUAAUAUGAAUCAAUUACGUGGGACAGCUGAAUCAACAAAUAGUGCUAUACAUGAUACACGAAUGAAAUUAAUCGAACGUGGUCAAAGAUUAAAUGAAGUAGAAAUUGCGUCAAAACAAAUGGCUGAUCGUGCUGAAGAAUUCUCUAGUCUAACACAUAAAGUUAUGUUAAAACAAAAAGAAAAAGCUGAAUGGUCAUGGCCAUUUACAUCAAAAAAAUAG